AUGAACAAAGACGCGACCUACACCUACGUCCACAUGCAUCGCCCUCGCGACGCCGACCUCUUCGAGGACUUCUGCAAAGACAGGCUUCCCAACGACGAGGUCUACGUCAAACCCGAGCACCAGCCCGUCAACCCCGAGGACGAGGAUGACGUGGUGCCGGACCAGCACGCCGCUUUUGGCAUCCAGAAGGCGACGCAGCGGGUGAAGGAACCGGCGUGGAGGGAUCUUGGGCUGAAGGAGUUGAUGGAGAGGGGUCCAAAAACUCACGGGCCUGCGGCGGCGAGCUCGGGGAGGACCUUGCCGCGGUGA